CAUUUGGGGGAUAUCUGUCCUGUCCUGACAUUUGGGGGAUAUCUGUACUGUCCUGACAUUUGGGGGGAUAUCUGUACUGUCCUGACAUUUGGGGGAUAUCUGUACUGUCCUGACAUUUGGGGG